AUGAAUUCAGGAGAAGGUCCUUCAGGAUCGCAAACAGGAGGAAUGUAUCCCGGAGAAGGUUCAGGAUCGCAACAAACUGCGGAACAAGAUUUGUCUCAACUAGAUUCGCAAAUUCGUCAUAUGCUUCAACACGUUGGCUCUUCUGCUCCUCUUUCAGGCAUCAUACAACGUCCAUUAAAAAACCAAGGAAAUAUGCAAGUAAUUGAUAAUAUUGAAAAACAAUAUAAUAAUUUAUGUCUUGCAUAUAACGAGUUGUGUGCUGAAUUUACGGAUAUUAGUCAACAAAUUCAUUACUACCAGUCGGUUAAAUUGUAUUAUCAGAAUGAUCCGACCAUAUUACAACAAAUAAAUGAACUAAACACCCGUCUUCAAGAAAUCGAAAACGAGAAAAAGGAAAUUAUAGAUGAUAUGUGGAAGAUUCACAAGCAUUUUAAUGAAGGUAAUUAA